AUGACUGUGCCAACCCCACCGGAGGGCCUUCCUUUGAACAACCGUACAAAAGACCUCAAGAUACCAAUUAUUGUUUUGGUCUGUUUCAGCUUCGUCUUCGUUGCAUUCCGCCUGACAAUCAAUUGGAGAAAUCGAAAUUUCUUCCUUCUUACUGAUCAUCUGUUAUGGACCGGAUGGGUGUUGGCUGUGGCUGGAGCUGCAUGUGGCUACAAGAUGGCCGAAGUGGGUGGCGGUAGGCAUGUAUGGGAUCCGUUUCUGACGCCAGCACGCUUGGAAACGUACCUCUACUUUCUGUGGCUCAGCCAACUGCUCAAUCUCUACGGCAUGGCUCUCGUCAGAUUGAGUGUAUGUGCCUACAUUUUCAUGUUGGAUUUCUCCAAAUCCUUUCGCAUCAUCAUCUGGAUCUCGGUCGUUGUCCACAUUCUCAUCAACUUUGUUUUCCCCACAGUUAUUCUUUUCGGCGAAUGCACACCCUACUCCAAGCACUGGGACGUGACGGGGACCAAGCCCGGUUCGUGCUGGGGUCCAACACCUAGACUCAUAUCCGGAUACUCUGGGGCUGCCACCAACAUUGCGACGGAUGUGUUGUACACGGUGGCUCCUCUAGUCUACAUUGCGCGCAUUCAGCUCCCGAAGCGCACCAUCUGGGGCGUCCGAGCAGUCUUUCUCUGCGGCCUUGUAACAACGACCAUAUCCGCGCUGAAGCUGUACGAGAUGAAAGAACUGGACAAUUCAAAAGACAUGACGUACGAAUCCGUCAACCUCAGCAUCUUCGCCACAUCUGAAGUCUUUAUCGGUGCCUUUACCGCCUCGCUUCCCCCACUGCGGAAAACAUUUGAAAAUACACUCCGCAAGGUCCUGCCCACAAGCCUGACAGGCGGUUCGGGCAAGGGAUCAAAGGCGAGCUAUGCGCUCGAGAACGUUGGGGGCUCAAAAUCGUCGAAAUCGUGGAAACCAAAACACGACAUGGACGCCGACAGUGAGCUUGGCAUCUUGCCUGCAAAUGAAGCUGCUGCUAGCAGGACUAGAGAGUCGGAUCAAUCCAUCAUGAAGACGACGCAUGUAAGUGAAAAAAAUAUGCGUCUAUCACACCUCUUAGCCACUGUCUUCGCAGUCGUUGUAGCAGCCGAUACACAGUGCUGGUACAAUGGAGACACGGGCUCUAGUGUUUGCUGCGCAUCUGGCGACACGUGCGAUAGCUACAACGGUGGAUUGCCGCUGACGAACAAUGUGAAUGGCUGUGAUGACGAUCCCUAUUUCCGCGAUCUUCAGUUCCGUGGCUUCGUCGAGGGUCUCACAUAUGUCGGUGGCGAUGAUAGCAACAGCCAGCCGCUGUGCCACUACUUUGGCGGAGUCCCGUACGCGCUGCCUCCUGUUGGACCCUUUCGCUUCCAGAAACCGCGACCGCUGCCGCCGUGCUAUCGCUACGGCACAAAGGCAAAUCCAGGAAGAUAUACGGGUGCCUGCGGCCUGUGUCCGCAACCAGGUGUUAGUACCGACACUCUAGACGAGCAGUCGUGGGACGAAGACUGUCUGCAGAGCAAUAUCUGGGUUCCUACGGGAAACCCGCCAACAGCUCAGGGAUGGCCCGUCUUGUUCUGGAUCCAUGGCGGGUUUCUGCAAUGGGGUAGCCCGAAUGGAACCGAUCUCCGUGCGCUUCUCAGCGAAUCACCCACUCGUUGCAUCGUCGUGGCUCCAGCAUACCGGCUGAACUUGUUCGGAUUCCUGGCUGCUAAAGAGCUGCUUGACGACUCGUGUGCGGAUUAUAACGCUAACCUUGGCUUUUGGGAUCAGCGGCUGGCCCUCCAGUGGACUCAUGAGAAUAUCAGCUAUUUUGGUGGCAACCCGUCAAACAUCACCAUCGGCGGCUACUCGGCGGGCUCGCAUUCUGUCUUCCACCAGCUGUCGUACGACCUUGGGUUGCCCGACAACAAGGCUGUCGUCAAGAGGGCACUCAUGCUAUCCAAUGGACCGGGCAUGCAGCCCAAGAGCAUGGAUGAGGUGCAAGACCAGUUUAACGAGCUACUGCAGGCUCUUGAUAUUGAUUUGGCACUCUCCCCCACCGCAAAACUGCUGAGGCUGCGCUCCCUGACUCCUCGCACCUUGGUGGAAGCAAGCAACAAGAUCAAAUUGCAUCAGUUCCGCGCAGUCACCGACGGCUCGUUUGUCCGCCACGGGCUGCUUGAGGAGCUGUCCAAUGGUGUGUAUGCGGAGCGCCUGAAGCGUCGUAACGUCAAACUUAUGAUUGGCGAAUGCAGCGACGAGCACUUCGUAUAUGGCACCUGGCGGCCGCCACAGCCAGGCUACGAGCAUAUGCAGCACCGGCUAGAAGCCGACUAUCCCCGAGAGGCCUGUAAAGUGCUCAUGUCAUAUUACUUUCCUGAUGGAACGCUGCCACCAAGGUUUGACAGCUGGCAGGCGGCUUUUGGACACAUCUACGCUGACGUGCAGAUCCAUGCACUACAGCGGGGGAUGCUCAGUGCGCUUGUCAGGCACGGUGCGGGCCAUUUGAUACGUAGGUAUCGCAUUGAAUGGCGUGCGCAAUGUGUCGAUAAGCACUUGCCCAGGCAUUAUGGCGUUACGCACGGCUCUGACAUGGCCAUUUGGUUUUGGGGUAAUGGCAGCGCUUUGACCGACAAAGAGAAGAAGAUAACGUUGGAUACGUUUCAUGCCCCUUUGAGUCGUUUCCUGCUGGGAGAAGAGCCGGAUUGGGGUACACAACACGCGAUGCAGUUGCGGACACUGAAGAGCAAUGGUCAUAUUGCUAUUGAAGAAGACGUACGGCAAGAAGAGGGUCUUAGACUCUGGGACGCCCUGAAGAAGGCCGGCGCGACUGGGGAGCCGAAGAAACUCGCAAAACUUUGAAAUCGUACCAUUUGUGCUUGUAUUGGAUUUCUCACAGUUUUGCAUAAUUCUUCUAUAUACUAUCAAAUACUAUUGCUCACUAAAAU